AUGGAGAUGCAAAAAAUCCCCAGAGAGGAGGAAAGAGUGGUGGAAGUGGACGAGGGUCAGAGAAUGCUGGAAACCUCAGGUAAAGAAAGAGAACAUCUUCAUCACCAAACUUGGGGCUAAUGGGGUAAAUGUGCACCACUUUCCUCAGAAUACAUCAGCAUAUUUUCAUUUCUCUUACUGUAGGUUCAAUCCUUUUAAUAAAACAUCUUAAGCUAUAUGGUAUUUUGUGUUAUGUUCUGAGAAGAUUAAUUUGGUCCUAAGCUUCCACAUAACCUAUAUGUGUGUCUGCCUGUCUGUCAGUCGAGGAAGCUGAAUCUACAGUCUACUCCAAACUGAAUAAUCCAUCGGAGGACAUUUAUGCUGAAGCUUCUCCUGGCCAUCCCUCUGCCAGAGACAGAACAGGCACAGGUGGCUACAGCACUGUUAUUAUAUUAUUAAUCAAAUGUAAUCAAUUAAAUAUAUUUUAUAAAUCCAUUUUUACAUAAGCAGAUGUCACAAAGUGCUUUACAGAUACCUGGCCUAAACCCCAAAGAUUAUUAUUAUUAUAAGAUUAUUACAUUAUUAUUAUAUAUGUCUGAACUAAUCCUAAAUAAACGGAGGUCUAAAAAUGUCCUAUUAAAGUAAUAAACAUUAUUUAUACUUUUAAUACGCAAGAGAGGAAGAAUAGAGGAAAAAGAGGAAUAGAGAGACUGAAAGAGUGUGUGUGAGAGAGAGAAACAUAGCGGUCAGCGCUACAGUGUAAGUAUAGUUUUCCCAGUUCUGAAUUUUGAUUACGGACACAUUUCCUUGGUCUAGCCUACUAUUAAUGUUGUGUGUGGUGUGCAGCUUGCAGUUUGCAUCUGCAUAUCUGGACUGUUGAGUAGGUCAUUAAUUGCCAAUUCUUGUAAGGCACAUUAUAGGUGAGGUGAGGUUGUUAUUACAAAAACAGAAUGUAAAUGUUCCAAAAUGUCCAUAUAACAAGAUUUUUAUAUUUCUGACAUGGAAACAUGAAAUAAUGGGGUAAAUCUGCACACUUUCCUCGGAAUACAUCAGCAUAUUUUCAUUUCUCUUACUGUAGGUUCCAUCCUUUAAGAAAACGUCUUAAGCUAUAUGCUAUUUUUUGUUGUGUUCUGAGAAGAUUAAUUUUGUCCUAAGCUUCCACCUAACCUAUAUGUGUGUCUGCCUGUCUGUCAGUCAAGGAAGCUGAAUCUACAGUCUACUCCAAACUGAAUAAUCCAUUGGAGGACAUUUUUGCUGAAGCUUCUCCUGGCCAGCCCUCUGCCAGAGACAGAACAGGUGAGGUUGUUAUAACAAAAACAGAAUGUAAAUGUUCCAAAAUGUCCAUAUAACGGGAUUUCUAUAUUUCUGACAUGGAAACAUGAAAUAAUGGGGUGAAAAUGUCUAGUUUUAGGGGAGAAUAUUAUCUAGCUUGUAACAUAAUGAAAGUCAUCUGACGGGAAUGGACCUGUUUGUCUGUCUCACAAUCAAGGUUGAGACAUGACAAUAACAGACCUCCAAGCAGAAGCCCAAUCUGUUGUUGAAAAACACAGCAGGGCUGAAUGGACAUUUCUCCAAGGACUAGAUAUCUCUCCAGACAGUUAUUCAGAACUCUGUCUCUAUCACACACGCAGAGAUAGAGAGACAGAGAGUAGCAGCAGCAGCCAAAGGAUUUUGGGACAGACUGAGUAUUGUGUUACAGGAAUUAAUUAUAAAUCUAAAAAGGGCACGUUGCUAUAGAGACGGAGAGGGAGGUUUUUAAAAACCACUGCGCAUUCAGCCUUCAGAGUACUUUACAGUCGCAGAGUGUGGGUCAGGAACAGCAGCAAUGUAUAUCAAAUUUUGCCGAAUUGUAGGAAGUGGAGGAAAUGCCAAAUUACCAGAUGAGGCAAACGCAAAGUUAUCGGUUGAAGUGAAGGAACAGCAAGAGAAAGGUAGGCAGAAUUUCCAUUGUUGCUCGUAGUGAUUGCUAUAUAACAAAGGGCCGUCCACACCAAGAACGAUACCUAUAACGAACUUUAACAUCAAACAAUUAAAAUAGUUAUAAUUCUAGUGAACAGGAGCAUUCACACUACAACGAUAACUACAAAAAUAGUGGAGAACGAUAACGACAUCCAUCUAUCGUUUGGAUCACUUUCAGAGCGACGAUAAAACAUUGACAACCAAUCAAAAAUACGUUAUAUUGGAGGGUUCUUGGUUCUAGCUGGUUUAGGCUGCUCAGAGGAGAGAAGAGCGCACAAUAAAUGUGCCUGAUAUAGGAGGAUUUGGGAGAAUGAUGAUCAAAGACAAACAGCGCAUAUCAGUAUAAGAAGGCCAUAUUUUCCGACAGGUUAAAAGCUCUUAAGCUGACAGUCCCCGAAAUCGGGCACUAGAAUUACUUAAAAAAUAUGUAUAUGUUAACAUGACGUAAUUUAUUGACAGCCAUCCAGACCUUCCUAGGACCAUGUCAACGUCCUCUGUCGAAUAAACGUGUAUUUGCCUCCCUCUGGUGGUCGGCUGCAUCAUUACAUCAAUUUAUAUCACUUCACUGCAACGUUAGGUCAAAGGGGCGGUCCUUAGAAAAACAUUUAUCCAGCGUGACUGCUUCAUGGCACAGACAUGGCAAAGCAAUCGCUGAAUUUGUCUCGAGCCGGCGGAACUAAAUACAUAACAUUCAUAGCUCUACGAUAAAGAAUGUGACGUACACACUUCCUUCAACCUAAAAUAAGUAAAGAAGUAAUUUUGUGUGGAAGUCAAACAUUUUACGUCGGAGGCAGACACAUUGCAUAUGCGCAGAAUGACAAAAUCGAGCCCUUUACAUAGCCCUUGUCCCCUUGUCUGUAGGAGGGACGCACACGGUUUAAAUGGCCCAAAUGUUGAUUUAGACGUUCACAAAUCUAACAGAUUUGGACUAUCACUCAUGUCAUUUUGGGUAGAUGUUCCUUUAACAUUAUAACUAUAUAUGGACAUAUUAUAAAGUAUGAAAAGGCUUAUUCAUUCACAAUUUAAAAAAAUCAUAUUAUCAUAUUUGUAUAUGUUUUAUUAUACUUGUAUUGUGUACUAGAUCAUAUGGGUUGAAAAGUGUUUUUUUCUCAGACAUAAAUAAACAAUUCCAGGUGAAAGCCAAAGGUCAUAGCUUUCUAGGGGGGGGGGGGGGGGGGGGGGGCACUACUACAUUGAUAAAAUAUUGCCCUCUUGCUAGAUUGAUGACUAAAACCAUAGCAAAACAGUGCAAAACGGCUGUCAGCUCAGAAGGAGUUUUAAGCCUUGAUACAACUGAGACAUGGAUUGUAUGUGUGCCAUUCAGAGGGUGAAUGGGCAAGACAAAAUAUUGAAGUGCCUUUGAACGGGGGAUGGUGGUAGGUGCCAGGCGCCCCAGUUUGAGUGUGUCUACAACUGAAACGCUGCUGGGUUUUUCAUGCUCAACUCUUUCCUGUGUGUAUCAAGAAUGGUCCAGCGCCCAAAGGACAUCCAGCGAACUUGACACAACUGUGGGAAGCGUUGUUAUCGUUAUGGCCCUUAAGACUAUUCUUUCCUUGUCUAGACCUGCAGGUCCUGGGGAACGUGGGUCUGUACCGCGCAGUGUGCUUACUACUGUCCAUCAUCUGUCUGGUUCUACUGCUCGUCAUCAUCAUCCUCUGUGUCAAAUGUGAGUAUCAUAGACAUUCUAUUCUAGAAUAGUAAUUUAGAAACAGAAUAUCCAGCAUGUUGGGUUAGAUAGCCUUCUAAGCAAGAAAUAACUAAACAAAUGUGUAAUAUGACACCAUUCUCUUAUACUUGCUUUCUUUCAUUCUUCAUUAUUCUCUAGUUCCAUCCCAGCCUCUGGUCUGUCAUGGGACUGAAAAAGGGAUUGAGGCUAAAGAGGAGGGGAGUGUGAAUGAAAAAGGGAUUGAGGCUAAAGAGGAGCGGUUCCAGUCCACUGAGGUGUGCAGCCUGCAGACAUGCCAAGCACAAUACUUCCAGCAACAGAGCCAGGGUGAGUCCACUACUGUAGUGUGUUAGUCUAAUGUAGCCUAUUAAACUAUAUCUCUCUAAAUAUUGUCAAUGUAUCAAUCUAAUGCUUUGAGAUGUAUUGUACCACUACAAUGUUUUCUCUUAGACUUUAUACCAUGCUAAUAACUCAUUAUUUAACCUACAUUUAUUAACUGAACUACAUGUUGUACUUUAAGAGUAAUUUCCCUCCUUUCCUCCAGUCCCUGGCUGCCAUACGUGUGGUAAAGGCUGGCUGCACUUUGAGAGCUCCUGCUACUUCCUCUCCAGAGACAGAUUGAACUGGGACGAGAGCAGGGACGAGUGUAAGAAGAGAGGGGCAGAUCUGGCCGUCAUAACAAACAAAACAGUGCAGGUGGGUCUACUACAACUGUCACUCUUUUCUACCGCUUGUUUCUCUUUGUAUAACAGUGACCAUACAAUGAUGAUAGGAAAGCAACAGUGAUUGAUUGACAAUCAUACAUAACUGUAAGAUUGACUAAGGAUACUAAUAGUCCAAUAAAAACUGUGUAAAAACAAAUCAUUGUCCCAGACCUUUCUGACGGAGAAGGGGAACCUGAUGUACUGGAUUGGUCUGAGACAGAGAACCAGGAACUGGGUUUGGGUCAACAACACUGCACUGACACAGAGGUGAGACAACCGAUGAUGAAAGCAAAUGUAAUGUUUUAGUAUGGACAGUACUGAGCUGUUCCCUUUCCUCUCAUUGGUAGUUACUGGUCAGGAUCCAACAGACAAGGGGAUUGUGGGUUACUGACAGGAAGGGAUCCUCCUGAGAGAAGCUGGAGCUCGUCAUCAUGUGACCAGUACAGCUUCUACAUCUGCCAGAGGGGGCGCUAAAGGACAGACUACACCAUCUGCCAGCAGUCACCAACCCUGGUCCUGGAGCGCUAUAUGAUGUACAGGCUUUUGUUCCAGCCCACCAGUAAGACACAUGAUUUACCUAGUCAAUGAAUCACCUUGAUUAGCUGAAUCAUUUAAGUGUUGUACACCAUGUAGCUCAGCAGGGUUGGUGGCUACUGCCAUAUGCCAACUAAGAAACUGGCAAUACGGCUUCUCUUUAGACUUCCAUCUAUCAUUCACUCCUAUUCCAUAGCCUUUUAUACCAUGAUUACACAUCUCUAUCAAUAGCCUUUUACACCUUGAUUAUACACUUUAUGACAUACAUCUAUGUUAUAAUUAAUUAAUUAGACAUCCAGGUAUGACCAAUGAUGGUAAAUGUAAUCACAUUACAGUUAGUUAUGCCGUAAGAAGAAGAAUCAAGUCAGCCUGGCAGUUUCAGUUAGAAUUUGCACUAAUGUUAAAGAUUAACACUAUAUAUUGCACUUAUUUGCUUGUUUUGGUGAGAUGUUUCUAUAUGUUUUUUUUAUGACUUUGAAUGUAAUAAUGAUCUACAUUAUUAUGUGCAUUAACCAAUCAUUAGGUUUUAUGUUCUGAUUUACAAUCCUGAAAGGAAAAAACGUUUUAUAUAAUUUGUCCCUGUAAUAAAGAAUCAGUUAAUAUACUGUCUAG